AACCAUCUUGCGUCGUCGCUGAUGGGCGGUACAGCUGUUUCACGUUGCUAAAAUUUUGCGCAAGCUGAUAUCCAACGAUUUACAUGCAGGACAGGGAAGCAAUCGACAUCACUGCAAAAUAAAGAAAUUCUCGUAUGGAUGUGUUUUUGAAAAAGAAAAUAAAUAAAUAAAAUAAAAACAGAUUGUUUAUCCACUAUGUGGAGGCUUUACGACGCGGGCGCAGUCCACAUAUGUGUAGCGGAUUUUUAAUGGAAGAUGGGACAAGGGAGAGGCUGUGAGGCUGUGGAGUCGGGGCAUCAGCUGAGCUCAUAGAGGAGCGUUAGCAAGCUAGCCUUCGUGACAGAAACGGUUAGAAGAGCCCAUUUCCCCCACAUAAACUAUAUGAUUCGGUGCAGUAAUCAUGGCCACGAAUGAUAACAAUACAUCGCCCGGGAUGGGAGAGAUCAUCCAGUUAAAUGUCGGUGGGACAAGGUUCAGCACCUCCAGACAGACUCUGAUGUGGAUCCCAGACUCUUUCUUCUCAAGUUUACUGAGUGGAAGGAUAUCCACUCUUCGGGAUGAAACUGGAGCUAUAUUUAUUGACAGAGACCCGACAGCUUUUGCACCAAUUCUCAAUUUUCUUCGAACCAAAGAACUGGACCUGCGAGGUGUAAACAUCAGCAUCUUGCGACAUGAAGCAGAGUUCUACGGGAUUACUCCUUUAGUGCGACGCCUCCUGCUGUGUGAAGAGCUGGACCGCUCAUCAUGUGGUAGCGUCCUCUUCCACGGUUACCUGCCACCUCCAGCUGUUCCCGCCCGUAAGUCAAGCCCUCCCUCGGCAGCCUCUGAUGAGCGACCGGGUCCGAGUGGAGCAGAGGGCUUCAGCCGUGUCGGCGCCCUUCCUCACGCUUCAUUCUCUGCUGCAGAUGACACCCACAAACUGGGCCCCAUGGUCGACCCCAGAAAAGUGUUGAUUAUAGCAGGACACCAUAACUGGAUUGUGGCGGCUUAUGCACACUUUGUCAUCUGCUACAGGAUAAAGGAAUCAUCUGGAUGGCAGCAGGUGUUUUCGUCACCCUAUCUUGACUGGACGAUUGAGCGUAUUGCACUUAAUGCCAAGGUGGUUGGCGGUCCACACGGAGACAAAGACAAGAUGGUGGCUGCCGCCUCUGAAAGCAGAAUCAUCCUCUGGAGUAUUCAAGAUGGAGGCAGCGGUAGCCAGAUAGGUGUAUUUAGUCUUGGCGUACCUGUUGAUGACCUCUUCUUCAUCGGCAGCCAGCUCGUCGCUACAAGCCACACAGGAAAGGUUGGGGUGUGGAACGCAGUCACACAACACUGGCAGGUUCAAGAUGUGGUUCCCAUCACCAGUUGUGACACAGCAGGAUCCUUCCUACUACUGGGAUGCAACAACGGCUCUAUCUAUUAUAUAGAUAUGCAAAAGUUCCCACUGAGGAUGAAGGACAAUGAUUUGUUGGUGACUGAGCUUUAUCACGACCCUUCAAAUGACGCCAUCACAGCGCUGUCCGUCUACCUCACGCCUAAAACCAGCGUGAGUGGGAACUGGAUUGAGAUAGCUUAUGGGACUAGCAGUGGUGCAGUAAGAGUGAUCGUCCAACACCCGGAGACAGUGGGAUCUGGUCCUCAGCUCUUUCAGACGUUCACUGUGCACAGAAGCCCAGUGACAAAGAUCAUGUUGUCUGAGAAACAUCUAGUAUCAGUGUGCGCGGACAACAACCAUGUUCGGACAUGGACGGUGACCCGCUUCAGAGGGAUGAUCUCCACCCAGCCCGGCUCCACCCCUCUGGCUUCUUUUAAGAUUCUGUCUCUGGAAGAGACGGAAAGCCAUGGAAGCUACUGCUCUGGGAAUGAUAUAGGCCCAUUUGGAGAGAGAGAUGAUCAACAGGUUUUCAUUCAGAAGGUCAUCCCCAUCACCAACAAAUUGUUUGUGAGGCUGUCUUCAACUGGAAAAAGGAUCUGUGAGGUGCAGUCAGUGGAUGGAACCACCAUCUCCUGCUUUAUGGUAAGGGAGUGUGAGGGUUCCAGUCGAAUGGGGUCUCGACCACGACGUUAUCUGUUCACCGGUCACGGCAACGGCAGCAUCCAAAUGUGGGACUUGACCACUGCGAUGGACAUGGCAAACAAAGGAGAAGAGAAGAAGAAAGAGGAUGUAGGUGGACCGACAGAGGAGGAGCUUCUACAGCUGCUGGACCAGUGUGACCUGAGCACAUCCCGCUGUGCAACACCAAACAUAAGCCCCGCCCCCUCUGUGCUGCACCACACGCGCCUCAGAGAGUCCUGCUCAAGUCUGCAGUUACAGGCCCAGGAGCCCAUUCCUGAGAGCCAGGCUACUUAUGGAGCUGUGAGGCCUUACAGAGAAAGUCCCCUGCUGGCUCGCGCCCGUCGGACCGAGUCCUUCCACAGCUACAGAGACUUCCAGAACUUCAGCCUGAGCCGCGGUGCCCUGGACAACCCAGGUCAGACAUCCAACCAUGGCCCUCACCAGACCCCUGAUGCCCGCUGUUCGCUUUGUGACUUCAGCUCUGAGGACAGCGAGAGGAGAGCCUCAGUCAUGGAGCUCUGGGCUUCCCGCACCACCAGUGUGAGCUCUAACUUCACAGCCGGGAGCAUCUUGGGGACAAAAACAGAAGGCAGUCAAGAAUCUCCACGGCAACCUCCAGACAGCCCAAUUCCAGGAGGGGAUGUUAGGCGUAAGGUGCAUUCUCAGCCAGAGGAGCUAGAUGGCGUUGGAUCAGGGGGCGAUGUGGGGAAAGCAGAUGGAGGAGGGAGGAAGAGGGGUGUACUAGAAGGAAGCUUUCUGGGAAGAAAGAAGGCUCCUCCGGUUCCACACCUCUCCUCCGUCCCCUCUGGAUCUGAAGGUGGGGGUAGUGACUCAUCUGCAACUGCCUCGCCCUCCCCAACCAAACUAGCUGCCUCCACCUCGCCUCGACACAAGAAGCUGGCGCCUGAACCUUCCAGUCAGGACAGCAACCUGUGAGAGCUGCUCCUCUUUUGAUCCCAGUCUGUGGAAUUAUCUUGAUGCACGCAAAAGAUGAGGGCUGAAUACAAGAGCAGAAGAAGAACACAACAUGAACCUUCCUCUUCUUCUUCACUCUUUUUCAUGAGUGUUACUUGGGAUUUUUGUUUAUUUUGGGGCCUCACGAUCCAGGAGCACUCCAUGUUUACUGAGUGAAGAAGCAGAACAGGGUGACAUCUCAUUAGAAGUUUUCGAUCAUAUUUGAAAAAUUCCACUUUCAUCAAAUCUGGAUGUUACUGGAGCUCCUUCCAUCUCAUUCUGGUUUUUGGUGUUUACUUCCAGUUGUCUUAGCAGAUGGGUGGUGAUGUUUGCACUUUUAAGACUAAUAGUAGUUUGCCCAUUCGGCUCUGAAGAAGGGCUGAAAUGAUUUAUUUUUGUUUUGCUCGUUAGACUUCCUCGGGAACACACAGUAGCCACAGGAAAAGGUAUUCUCAUUGGGUACACAGAGGUGCGAUGUUGCUGCCUGCUCGGCUUCAGAUUUGGUCAGAGACAUAAAAAAAACAAGAUUAAAAAGAUCUAAAAAAAGUAAACAGGCUUUUUAGCACAUUUUAGUAACAUUGUGUUGGCAUGAGCGAUUUUCAAGAGAGACAUGGUGACUUGAUAUAGUAGAAGAGGUGUAAUAAUGACGGCUGCAUCCCAUUUACAGAGUGAAGGUCUGCAGCAGUGUCGUCCUACAGCUAGCCAGUAUACACAAGAAGUGGGAAGCUGCUCGUUAGUAAACCUGAGCUAACGGUUCUGUUUCAAGUAAAAAUGUUCGCCAUGAAAAAAGCUUAUUUACUAUUUGAGACAAUGACACAGCUACUAAAUGGAAUCAACAAAGUUAUACCUUGUCAUAGUUGUAAUUGACCUAAAGGUUGGUAGGAACAACCAUUGAUACAUUAACAGUUUUAGUCUAUGAAAUGUCAGAAAAUGUUACCAUGGAAAUAUUUGAUGUUAUAAUAGAUAUUAUAAAACAGGUAAAAAGUGGUAAAACCUGAGAUCUAAGAACAGAUUUGACAAACCAGGCCAUGACUGACUGACCUUACUGUUCUUUUAAGGACUACCUCCACAUUGUCAGAAUGAUCGAACUGCAUUCAAAAACAGAGUUUGUGAAAAAGAAGUGCAAUUUUUACUUAAAGUAAUCCUUAACACAUUACCUUAGCCAGACUCUUGGCAAUUAUUUUAAUUCCAGGCCUCUUUACAACAGCUGGAUUAGCAGCAGCAGUUGUUGAUACCCACAAAAUCCAACAGACAGUGAAGUCAUUUUGGCAGGUCGGGCACGCAAUGAAACUUCGGGUUUACCGGUAUUUGGUCAACAGCUCAGUACUAUGCAACAAUGGAGAACUCUGGUUUACACAUGAAGGUUUUGACCAGUGAUAAUGUGUGCUGUGAUAAUUUGAUGACCUGCAAAAAAACAAA